AUGGCAUCCGAGGACAACGACGUUAUCGCAGAGCUCAUCCCCACGACGCCCAUGGCGCUCCAAGUGGUUCGACAUGCGCCGGCGCAUCUUCGUCCACCUGUAGAGGACCCUAUCGCUCGUGGAUACAUGGAGAAUGGCUCUGACAAGAUCCAGCUGCGCUUCAGCAGCCCCAGAAAGUACGCCGCCGCCUUCUUAUUCGGGCGGAGCUCCGUCUGUGACGUCAAGCUCGAUGUUCCUGGCCGGGAGUGCUACGCCAACACCAUCCAGUGGGCGAUUAGUGUGGCUCCCGACGGCCAUCUAAGCAUUGUUGAUGUCAACUAUGAUGGCCAAGGCAGUUGCAAGACGGUUGUCAUGUAUGACAAGCAAUAUGCCACCCCGCGGUGCAACUUCAUCUGGCGUCUGAACGGGGUUCCCGGGCCAAAUAGAUGGCCGAUUAAAGUGACAGCCCUGUCCGCCUAUGCUAUUACUAAGGACGGUCCUCUGGAUAGCAGUAUUGGAUUCAGAGUCAAGAUUAGUCCCAAGCUCUUCACCUCAGAGAGCCGGGCACUUGCUGCGGGAGCAUUUGCUGCAGAGGAUGCCUGGAUGCCGCAGAUUCACAACAACCCGGCGGACAAUAUAUAUGUUCGACUUGGCUCACUUGGGAAGGGAAGCUCUGGCUCAGUAUCACGCCUAUGGAACGUGAGUACUGGAGAGCAGAUAGCCAAGAAGGAGUUUUGGUCGGCCACUUUUAGCACUGUUCAGCGAGAGACCCGCGCGCUUCAAAACCUGCAUCAUGAAAAUGUCUUGAAGAUGAUGUUUUAUGCCGAAGAGCGCAUGGAAAACCCCCACCGCCAGUUGCGCAUCUUGCCCGUCUUGUAUCUCGAGUAUGCGCCCUUUGGCAGUCUCCGCGACGCGGACAGGGAUGAUCCUUUCUCGUACCAGGAGCGAAUGGACGUUGUGCGCCAGUGCUUGAAUGCUCUGGUAUACCUGCACGACAACAACAUUAUGCAUCGGGACAUUAAGCCCGAGAACAUCCUGGUCUUUUCCCGCAACCCGGUGCUUGCCAAGAUUGCUGACUUUGGCAUCGCAAAAUACCAGGACGAGACUAGCACGACAGUCUGUGGCACCUACUUUUACAUGGCCCCCGAGAUUGCCCCAGACAGCCCGUACACAUUGAAGGUCGAUGUAUGGGCUCUGGGCAUGACUCUUUUGGCUAUGACACACGGCGAGCUACAUUUGCAGCGCCAGCAGUUGGACAGGAUAAGGUACGGGACAAUGCCCAGCAGACCAUACAGGUCGUUGGCCAGAUGCGCGUUUACCGAGUAUGUCAGUCUGUACAUGCUGGUCAAAGAUCCUGAGCAGCGCCUCUCUAUGCGCCAAUGCGCCGAAACCUUGUUCCCCAACGGCGGUGAGCUGGCGUACCCAUGCUGUCCAUCAACAUGCACCAUGCUUGACGAUAAUUCUGCAACGAGCAUAAAGACCCAGACAUCCUAUGGGACGGAAACCGGCAGCCGUUCCGAAGAAUACAAGGUUCAACACUUCGACCUUUGUGACGACCCUGAACAGUGUGCCUGCUGGUACGAAAUGACGAUAUCGACUUUUCAAGAAGAUAACUGGUAUCAGACGUACUAUUACGAGGAUGGUCUACGUGCUCAAGGCCCACAGAAGUGGCCUGAUUUUAAGUGA